UAUCGCUGAGUCAUAUUUCUUGUGAGCGGGGGUCUAAGGUCUACACAUAAUUUGAUUAAGUGAUUAGCAUAAAUCCAAUUGCCCAAGGCGAUCCGUGAUUCACUUCGCUUCCUUGGAAACGAGACAUUCUCGACUGGUCGACUGAGCUCUUGUUGCUGGCUUCUAAGAAUAAGCUCUACUGUCGCAGAUUAUAAACGGCCAUCGCUUCUGUUCUUCCGUUAGUUGUCCAGCAACUACGAGCUAUUGCAAUCAUGUUGUUGAUCAGUGCUGUAUCAUUGGCCGUUUUGUGCAUCCUCAAAGGAUCGGAUGCACACAGCUAUAGUCUUGGGGUUUGCCCCAUCGUUGAGCCCCAAAGAGAUUUCGAAAUGCGAGGGAUGUUGGGACUUUGGCACGUUAUCCAAAAAACGUCAACAGGUAGUAGCUGCAUCACAUACAAUUUUACAAAGACCACCGAACCCCACGUCUACGAGUUGGAGCAGGUCAGUCAGCAUUUCGCAUUGGGUUUGACCCCUCUGCAUCACGAGUACCAUUACACAGGGAAAUUAACUGUCCCCGACGAUGCCGUCCCAGCUAAAAUGACUGUAAAGUUUCCACUGAGUGUCGGAGGUACCGCAUCUUACACGAUUUUCGCGACCGACUACAAAAACUUCGCCGCAAUCUUCACUUGCCAAAAGCUGGGAUUCGCCCAUCGUCAGAGUGCGACUAUCCUUUCAAGAGAACGCACUUUGGAUAAACAAUACGUCGAUAAGAUUCGCUCCAAAUUGAUUUCUUACAACAUCGAUCCGUUCGAUCUGUCUAUCAUCUCGCAGAAGAAUUGCCCGACGAUCAAUGGAACCGGAGUCAACAUUGGCAUCGACGAUGAGACUUUCUCGGCUCAAAAUAUUGCCGGUGUUAUUAGGAAGGCAGGAGAUAAGAUUGGAGAUGGGGUGGAAUAUGUAGCAGGUGGUGCUAAGAAGAUUUAUCACAAAUACAGUGAUAAAAGUGUGGAGCAAUCCGACAGGAACGCCAAAUUCGACAGCCCGCAGGCCGAAUGGAUUCCAUAAAUAAAUGUAUAAUUUUUAUUUUCCAAAAACUUCAUACCAAAAUAUGUAUAUAGUGAUUAAACAAUAAAAC